AUGUUUGAUUUACAAGAGCAAAUAGAAGAUUUUAAAUUUUGGUCUCACUCCUCUGGCACUAGGGGGAAGGGCUAUAAAUUUCUUCUUUUUUCCAUUUGCCUAAAGUUGCUACAUACUUAUUUUGAUUGAAAUUGGUUUAAAGUGGUUUUAGAAAAGUUGAAAAUGACCAAAAUUAAGUAACCUACUGAUGGACGUCGAAAGACAAAUUAAAACGCAAUGUAUCAACUGGUUGACUCAGUUGACCAAACUGAAAUUGGCAAAAAACUUUAUGGGUCAUAUGUGUAUUCUUGGCGACAGUGGCCAUUCUAAAAUUUAAAAUGUCGAUUAUACAUGUACAGCCAGUGUUGGUAAUUAUUAUUUCUGUAAAGUUUGAAUAGAAUUAUCUAAACCAUGGCCAUAAAAUAAACACGUGAAAAAACCCUCAAACAUGCUUACGCAAUAUGACCUUGCUGAGUUAUAUUUUAUUCACAUCCGUUUCACUUUUUUUCAUUCAUAAACAACGUGGACUGGUUGAUCCCGUCACUGACUUUUAAUGGCGAUUUUACUUGAAGAGCUUAAGACCAAUGCAGACAAAAAGAGAAGCUAAGGUGGUUUAAAAGAGUCUGAUGGAGAACAUUUUAUCAACCAUCAAAGAACUCCUGCAGAACCAAGCAGAACCUUACCAUAUAGCGAUAACAAUCCAGAUCCAAAACAAGAAGGGCGAUGGGGACGAAUGUAUGUGUAAAACCUAUGAAUGGAAUGUUGGAACUGAUGAACUGCUGGGUCAUACGGUAAAGGAGAAUACAACAGAAAAACGGCAGCCAUUAUCAUCAAUAUCAAGAGAGGAACAUAACCCAGUUAUUACUACAAGCCUUUCAGAGGAAGAGUCCCCUAUAACUUACCAACUACACCAGAUUUCAGUCGAAACGACUGAUGUCACAGUUAAUAAUUCUCGCACAGAAGAACAAUUUAGAAGUAUUCAAAGUGGUUUUAUAAAGCCUAAUGAACUUUGCAACGGAAUCAAGAAAAUUGAGGAUAGCAGAUCUUCAAUCAAGGCAGAAAAAGAAAGAAAAAGAUUGCCUUCCGAUAUUCGCAAAGUUGCCAAUAAAUAUCAACAUGCAUUUGCAUAUGCGUUUAUUCGUCAGUUUGGACGCCUCCUUCAGUUGGAUGAAAGACAUUUAGAUGAAGUGGAACAAUAUUCGGGAUAUGGAACAAAAGAGGUGUUUUGGCAGAUUAUUAGAAUAUGGAUGGAGAACUCGGAAUCCCAACACAUGACGGUGUCUAAUUUGUUGACAGCCCUGUCGGAAUGUGGAGUAGAUCUUAAAGGUAAACAGAUGUCGAGAACUGACAGAACAAUUUUGAGAAGUAAGAUGGCGAUUUUAUUAGAGUCGGUUAAUCCUGUGGAGGCCCUCGUCCCAUACCUGUGCUCGCGCCAUCUACUUUGUGAGGUCACGAGGGCUUACGUCACUGCCCCGAAAACAUCAGAUUUGAAGAUUAACCGAUUAGUUGAUAUUCUUAUCACUAAAGAAAACGGUCUUACAGAUUUCUGUUCAGUUCUUCGUGAUGGUGGUUAUGACUACAUUGCUCAAGACAUUGAAGUGGAGAGAUCUGCGGCGAGUGUAGGAAUUGCCUCCCGUUUGUCAUCUCUGUCGAGCUCAACAUCAAAUUCUUUCCCGUCUCUGCGAGAAUGCAUGUCUGAUUCCAACCCGCACCUGCGUCGAUUUGCUGAAGAUUUGUUACAGAAACAAAGCAGCUUACCGUCCGUAUUCCGUAAAGGAGGAUCCGACACAUCUCUGUCUACAACGGCAAAAGUAGCAGCGGUGUCUCCUAGCAUCCAAAGAAAAAUGAAGCCGGAAACCAGGGACAUGUCCAUCAAACCUGACUGUGUUCCAGAGAAAUCAGAAGAUUUAGAUAAUAUCACCGACAAUAAAAAGAUUUCUCUUGUUUCCAAAGGACCUCAACAGGAGUGUUCAUGCAAUCUCAAGAUCGGUCAGAAAGAUCUGUCUAAACAGAAAACACACGGUUGCUGUGUCCUAAUGUAA